CUGUCAGUCUGCGAUUUCAGGAAAAUGGCUGAGGCCAGUAUUUCAGUAGAUCAGCUUUCUGUGGACCAGUUCAUGUGUCCAGUGUGUCUGGAUCUCCUGAAGGAUCCGGUGGCUAUCUCCUGUGGUCACAGUUUCUGUAAGGUGUGUAUUAAUGGCUGCUGGGAUCAGGAGGAUCAGAAGGGCGUCUACAGCUGUCCUCAGUGCAGAGACACUUUCACGACAAGGCCUGUUCUACGCAGAAACAACAUGCUGGAUGAAGUGGUGGAGAAACUGAAGAAGACUGAAGUCCAAGCUGCUUCUCCUGCUCACUGUUACGCUGGACCUGGAGAUGUGGAGUGUGAUUUCUGCACCAGGAGAAAACACAAAGCCGUCAAGUCCUGUCUGAUGUGUUUGGCUUCUUAUUGUGAAACUCAUCUGAAACCUCAUCAGGAAGCUCCUGUUUUGAAAAAACACACAUUAAUAGAAGCCUCAGCAAAACUCCAAGAGAAGAUCUGCUCUGAACAUGGUGAAGUGCUGAAGAUCUACUGUUGUACUGAUCAAACCUGCAUCUGUUAUUUGUGUACGAUAGACCAUCACAAAGGUCACGACACCGUCACAGCCGCAGCAGAAAGAGCUGAGAAACAGAGUGAGUUAAAGGAGGAGCAGAUGAAAUCCCAGCAGAGAAUCCAGGAGAAGCAGAAGAAGGUGCAGGAGCUGAAACAGGCUGUGAACACUAUAAAGCUCAGUGCACAGACAGCAGUGGAGGACAGUGAGAGGAUCUUUACUGAGCUGAUCAGCUCCAUGGAGAAAAAGCGCUGGGAGGUGACGGAGCUGAUCAGAGAUCAGGAGAAGGCUGAACUGAGUCGAGCUGAACGACUCCUGGAGCAACUGGAGCAGGAGAUUGCUGAUCUUCAGAGGAGAGUCACUGAGCUGGAGCAGCUUUCACACACACACGAUCACAUCCAUUUCCUCCAGGUAACACUCACUGUUUUAGCUUCUGGACGUCAGUCUCCUACAUUGAACAGACCAUUAUUUCACACAUCCAGCGUCACUGUCCAUCAACAUCUCUCAUUUGAUGGAGUGAGGAAUUCUCUCUCAGAUCUGAAAAAGAGACUCGAGGAAUUCUGUGAGGAGGAAUUCAACAAAAUCCCUCCACAUGCUGCAGCAGUUCAGAUCAUUUCAGAACCAGAACCACAGAGCAGAGAAGAAUUUCUGAAAUAUUUCUGUUAUCUGACUCUGGAUCCCAACACGGCAAAUUAUAACCUCAUUCUGUCUGAGAAGAACAGAGCGGUGAGAUGGAGUGAGAGAGAGCAGCGUUACUCUGAUCAUCCAGAGAGAUUUGAUUCCUGGCAGCAGGUGUUGUGUAAGGAGAGUGUGUGUGGACGCUGUUACUGGGAGGUGGAGCGGAGCGGUGCUGGUGGUGUGGAAAUAUCAGUCUCAUAUAAAGACAUCAGCAGGAAAGGAGAGGGUGAUGAGUGUCGGUUUGGAUUCAACAAUCAGUCCUGGAGUCUGUGGUGUUCUUCUUCUUCUUCUUCUCUCUCUUUCUGGCACAACAGCAUUGAGACUGAUCUCAGAGUUCCAUCACCCUCCAGAAUAGGAGUGUAUGUGGAUCACAGUGCAGGAACUCUGUCCUUCUACAGCGUCUCUGACACGAUGAAGCUCCUCCACAGAGUCCACACCACAUUCACUCAGACUCUAUACGCUGGGCUCUGGCUGCCCUGGUCUCCUGGUUCUACAGUGAGAUUGUGUGAUCCAGAAUAAAAGCGUGUAGUGUUUUCUGUAAAAUUCCUGCACGUUGCCACGUUGUUGCUCAGUCGUCUGUUUCACUAGAACACAAUCCAGCUGCACAAAAACACUCAUUUUAAUAUUUAAAUUAAAACAGAUGAAUAAUUUAAAAUAAUUAAAAAGGAAAUGUUAAAAAUUAACUGUCAGACAAGAAACUCGUCAAAUUUAAAAAGAAAAUGAUCUCAUGACCUUCGCAUUAUAAAGUUCUGUUUGUUUCAUAUUAUUCCACAAGGUUAAGUACGCUCGCAUUUGUGGACAUAAAAUAAUUUUGGUGAAAUUGGGCAGCCUUGUCUGAGUCCACGUAACAUCUUAAAUUUUGGUGUCAUUCCAGGGUUAAGGGAGAUAUAACUAUAAAUAUCAUUGUGAAAUAUUUUAAUAACCUUGCAGAACCCUUUUCCAAAUCCAAGAUUUUUGAGUUUUAUAAACAUAAAAUUGUGCUCCACAGUGUCGAAUGCUUUGAAAAAGUCUAGAAAUAAAACAAGACUGAUUGAAUAAUUGAUUGGUAAUCAGUCAUAUCCAGAAUCAGUCGGACGUGGUUUUGAAUAUAUCUUCCCUUCAUGAAGGCUGAUUGAUAUUCGUCUACAAGUUUUACAAGUCCACGCUUUAGACGAUUAGCAGAUACUAAGGCAAAUAAUUUAUCAUUGCAUAGUAAGGUUAUAGGUCUCCAAUUGUCUAGCAACAAGAAGUCUUUUUUGGGUUUUGGUAGCAAGGUUAUUAAGCCUGUCUUCAUCGUCAGGGAUAAACAUCCUUUGUGAAUGCAUUCUAAAAAUGCUCUAUAUAAUUUUUUUUAAAAUAUCCACCCAAAAGUAUUUUAAAAAUUCAGAUGUUAAGCCAUCGAUUCCUGGUGAUUUGCCAUAUUUCAUUUGUUUUAAUGCAAUUUCAAUUUCUGUUAUAGUUCGUUCCUCAUCAAGUGUAUGUUUGUCUUCAUCCAGUUUUUUGAUGUCAUCAUUGAUGGGAUAAAAUAAGACGUCACGUUCUGAUUUAUUAAAUUUAAGUUACAAUAAAUGAGCCAAAUUUAAUCCUGUUCUCAUUUCUGAUCUAUUAUAUGAUUGGUUAUAAGCUUACUCAUUUUUUUCUUAGUUUGUCUUUGUUUUUCAAGUCUGAAGAAAUACGAACUUUUUUUUCACCCUGUUUGAUCCAUCCAGCUCUUGAUCCAGUGGAAGCUCCAUUUGCCUUUGUGUACAUUUCUUCUAGUUGAGACUGCAGUGACUAAUUCUGAAAUGUUUUCUAAGGAUAUUUGUGUGUUAUUUACUAAUGUAUUAAUUUUACAUGAUCUUCAGUUUUCUUAAAUUACAUACAAAUUCAUGUAAAAUGACAGUAAUUAUAUAUGUAGCCUGGUAUAUUAAAGU